AUGCAUGGACCCACGCCAAAAGCUAUCUCUCGUAAUGUGAGAAGCGUGAAGAGACCUAGAAGAGCACCCAGGCCCGUGGUCUCCACACAGGCUAUGAACAAGCUGUCGCACGUAACACUCUCUGUCGAGCAAAAGAUGUUGAGGGAGCGUAUUUUGUCGUUCAUGCGCGCCAACUUGUCCCAGUACAACUCUGAUUGGAAGCAUCCUGCCAUGUUUGUGAUUCAGGGGGACGCAGGUACGGGCAAAUCUGUCAUUCUAAACUCUUUGUUCAACGAAAUUCAAAAACUAUCCCAGCUCUCACCUUCUUCUGAAGAUGUCUUGCAUGGGACACAUAAUUAUCUGGUAGUCAACCAUCCUGAGAUGCUGAAGCUAUAUCUCCGGAUUAGUGACGGUUUCAAAUACAUAUCUAAAUCGUCAUUGGAACGGCCCACAUCGUUGAUCAAUAACUUACAAAAGAAGAACAGCAUGGCCGAUGUAGUCAUUGUAGAUGAAGCGCAUUUAUUGGCCACUUCUAAGGAUGCUUUCAAAAGAUUCUACGGCGAAAACCAAUUGGAAGACUUGAUGUCCCUUUGUAAAGUGCUGGUCCUGGUCUACGAUGAGAAGCAAGCCCUAAGAAUGGGGUCGUAUUGGGACGAAGAUUCUAACAACGGUGCCACUUUAAAGGACUUCUAUAAUCGGAUGUCGCCAGAAUCGAGGGAUUGGUACGUUUUAAAGCAGCAAUUUAGGGUUGCUGCUCCACAGAACGUGCUGAAUUGGAUUGACCAAGUUAGUGUCGCAGGCAAGAUCCCGCCAAUCGAAUCUGUGCUAUGCAAGGGUGAUACUAAUGGCGUUAGCGACAAAACUAAGGAUUUUGAUUUCAAAAUUUGGGACGAUUGUGGUGCCAUGUAUGAAGCCAUAAAAGAAAAAGACCGUCAGUACGGCCAAUGCAGAAUGCUUUCCACCUACGAUUUCCCCUACCGUUUAGACGGGAAGGACUACUAUGUCGAAUGUGGUGACAACUUCAAAGUUCGUUGGGAUCGUUAUACGCCACGUGAGGUGACGCCUUGGAGUGAGCGUGGUGACACCAUUGAUGAGAUAGGUAGUGUGUACACGAUCCAAGGGUUUGAUCUGAAUUAUGCUGGGGUGAUUUUGGGUCGCUCCAUCGGGUAUGAUGCAGCUAAUGACUGCAUUAAACUUAGACCAGAGUUGUAUGAUGAUAGAGCUGGUUUCACCAAAAAGAAAAACAUUCACAAUGCAGAUGAUGUCAAGCAAAAGAUUAUUAUGAACAGUAUUAACGUUCUUUUGACUCGUGGUGUACGUGGUCUUUAUGUCUAUGCGUACGAUCCCGAGCUAAGAGAGAGACUGCUUCGUCCAUCACAAAAAUAA